AGCCCUUGGGGGUCAUGGGGCUGAUGGAGUUUAAGGGGGUUUAAUUACCAUGGCACUGCUUCUGGCAGGGGGUUGGGCUGCUGGGCAGGGAACGUGAACCACAAAUUGCCCGCCUGACCCUGACCUGUCCUGCUGGGUCCGUCUCAGUUUUCAGAUCAGCUGGAGAGUCUGGAGCGUGGGGGGGGGAGCCAGGGCCAGGACCUCCGCCCCGGCUCGGCUUUGCUGCUGCUGAAUCUGGCCCAGUCAGACCAAGAGGAGCUGACCCCAGCCCAGCGCCUGUAACAGCAUCUGUAACCCAAGUGUUGCUGAGAGACACAAUGUGGUCAGCUUCUGGGACUAUUGAGAGUGAAGUGCCGCUGCGGCAGGGGUACUGUAUUGGUUGCAGUGAACACCUGAUGGUUGGAGGGGAGCCAGAAUCUCGUCGUAGCUGCAGGAGACGCACAGUCACCCUCACCGUUGCCCUUGCAGUCGUGUUCUUAGGUCUCAUCAUCGCUGUUGUUGUCCUGGCAGUGUUAUCUGGAUGUUCUUCAGCUGCUCUGGGCCCCACAUGCCUGGACGGCUGGGUCGGGUACCGAGGGAAAUGCUACUAUUUCUCCGAGGCUGAAGGAAAUUGGAAUAACAGCCAGAGACACUGCUCCUCCCUCAGUGCCUCCCUGUCUGCAGUCGACAGUGAGCAGGAAAUAGUUUUCAUGCUGCGCUAUAAAGGCAAACCUGACCACUGGAUCGGCCUCCGGAAGGACAUGGGGCAGCCCUGGAAAUGGGCCAACGGCACCGAAUUCAACAACCUGUUUCCAAUAGGAGGAGGUGGUGACUGUGUGUUUCUGAACGAUCAGGGUGAGGCCAGCAGCUUGCAGUGCACCAGUGAGAGACACUGGAUCUGUACCAAACCCGAUGCCUUUACAAAGGCACAGGAGGCUGCCGCGAAAGAGGACUCAUAAGGAGAGUACUGUAGAAUUAGUCCAGGAAAAGCUGGACUGAUCUCUUUAAAAUAUCACAUCUGAGCAAUUCCGGAAUAUCAGGGAAUGCUCUGCACAUCACUGGGCAGAACACUGUUGAUUCAGAAACCAGAAAAGCCAUUUUUUCCCCCAGUGAAACUGCUCAAAUCCAGCCUUUCCAACCUAUCUCAGCCGGGACCAGGGACUGCUUAAUUGAGGAAAGAGCCACAAGUCUUGAUGCCAGCCUCAGCUUUCACUGCCCUAACAUUCUUCGACAAAAGCUUUUUGCUAUAGAAAAUUAUCUGUAGAACUGUCAGGGAUCCCCCUCCACUCUGAACUCUGGGAUACAGAUAUAGGGACCUGC